AUGGCUUCGCAGGAUUGGCUCUGGAGCAGGAAAUCAGUCAGGGAUUUUAGGUCUGCAAAUGCGAAAUGCGACACUGCACACGAAGUCAAGGUUUUGUCAGAUGUUGUGGCUAGCACAAGGGGUAAUAGCAUGGUGCCAUCGGUACGUACGAUGCCGAGAGACGUCCCGCUGAGUGAGUGGACCAAAGUGCAUGCAAACUACGCAAAUAUGGGUGGAUUUAUCGUGAGGUUUCCGGGGCUGAGCCGGCGGCAAGAUCCUGAGAGCUCAAAGGAACCACGGCAAAAUAUCUCAGAGAUCGAAACGACACGGUCAGCAGAGGUUGAAUGGUCACAACCACCAGUCCCCCUAUUUGCAGCACAGGUCUUGAUGCUGGUAGAGGACCUUUCGUUCGAAAUUCCAUACAUUACUCCGGAGAAUAUUAGGGAUCGGAGCAAGGCUGAUGCAUUCACCAAAUUGUUCGCAAUAGGUCAAUCUCUCUGGUUGAUCAUCCAGUCGAUUGCUCGCACUGCUCAGGGAUUACGUAUGGGCUCAAUCACUCAGCUUGAGCUAGCGACAAUGGGCUUUGUAGGGUGCGCUCUGCUUAUGUAUUUGCUGUGGUGGGAUAAGCCAUUUGAUGUUGAGCAUCCUGUGUCCAUAAAUUGCGCCGUAGAGCACCAGGAGCAAGUGCUUGUGAAGCUGAAAGAAAUGUUCGAUGCGCGGAAUGCAUCGCGAUUUAUAUCGCCGGGUUGGAAGGAUUUCCUCGAUGAGCAACGUAUCAGAAAUUGGGCGUACCUGGACGAUUCAGCUCUUGGGCUAGGUAGGCAUAUCAAAGUUUGGCAAUCGUUAGCUGACGUCCCGAAGGUCGAGUAA